CUUCAACACAAAAACGUCAGCGGUGUGUAUGGCAUAAGAAAUAGCCAAAUUUUAAUAAAUAAAAUAACUUUGUAUUUGUUUGAACGAUCUUAUACGUUUUUGGUAAACUUUUCUUUCACCAUAAUAUAUUGAAUGUGCUCUAAUUAGCACCGAUUAAUAAGUCUGUCUCUCCUCUAGGGUUUUUGUUACUCCGUAUAUAUUAACACAAAACCUCAACCCGCAAUCGUCACCCCUUUCCCGCUAUCUAAAACUCAGGUUUGCCCUACCUCUCAGUCUUGUAAACUCAAAAUCUCAAAGAAGAUGGCCGUAACCUUCUCAGAUCUCCACACAGAAGCCGGUAUCCAGUCUCUUGAUGGAUUUCUCGCUGCAAAAUCAUAUAUUUCUGGAGAUCAAUUCACGAAGGAUGAUGUCAAGGUAUAUGCUGCCGUUUUGGAGGAACCUAGUGCAGAUCUAUACCCAAACGCUAGCAAAUGGUACCAAGCCGUAUCUUGCAAACUCGCCACAAGCUUCCACGGGAAAGCCAUUGGAGUAAGAUUUGAGAGUCAAAGUGCUCUGGUUGAAGCUGCACCAACCAAGGGAGCCGAGGCUGAUGAUGAUGAUGACAUUGAUCUCUUUGGUGAGGAGACGGAGGAAGAAAAGAAAGCAGCAGAAGAGAGAGCAGCCUCAACUAAGGCAUCCUCCAAGAAGAAAGAGAGUGGAAAGUCUUCUGUUCUUUUGGAUGUUAAGCCCUGGGAUGAUGAGACAGACAUGAAAAAGAUGGAAGAGAUGGUUAGGAGUAUUCAGAUGGAAGGACUUCUGUGGGGAGCAUCAAAACUUGUUGCUGUGGGAUAUGGAAUCAAAAAGUUGCAGAUCAUGAUGACCAUAGUUGAUGACCUUGUCUCCGUUGAUACGCUCAUUGAAGAGCGACUAACUGUUGAACCCUGCAAUGAGUAUGUGCAGAGCUGUGACAUUGUUGCCUUCAACAAAAUCUGAGCUCCCCCCAUAUGUUAUUUUUGUCCUGUGUUUUUAAUUGUGUUUGGCCUUCUAUGAUUUUGGAUUGAAGUGUACUAGAGCUAUUUUCUUUCAUGGAGCGGUACUGUUAUAAUAUAUCUAUGGUGCUUCUAAAAGUAUUGUUAACUUGACCAUGUUUGUAAUCAAGUUUAUAAGAGCUAUCUCCAAUGGUACAAUGUGCACGGUGCACACGUGGCAUAAGAGAUGGCCACAUAAAUAUUAGUAAAUAAAUUCAUUCUCUCUUUAUUUAAAUGAUUUUAUACAGUAUUGAUAAGUUUCUCUCCACAAUGUCAAUGAGACCGUUUAGAUGUUGAUAUUGUUGUUGACAUUGCAGGGAAAAACUUAUCAAUACUGUAUAAAAUCAUUCAAAUAAGGAGAGAGAUAAUUUAUUUGAUAAUAUUUAUGUGGCUUUCAAUAAUGUCACAUGUGUACCGUGCACAUUAUAGCAUUGGAGAUGCUAUAAAGUAUCUAUAUGUUGUUGAACAUUAUUCAAAACCUAUUAUUGGCUUAUUUUUUGGAAGAAAGUUGCUUGACUUUAAAGUAUAUGAUUAUUUUUGCUGUGUUAACACA